AUGGAAUAUAAUCUUUAUGAAAGACGUGCAUCAAUGCCUCAUAACUUUGAAUAUUCUGAUCCUGAUGAUAAUUCUAUAAAACAAGAAGAAUUUAAAAUUAAUCAAUGUAUGGAAAAUGAAUAUAAAAUUAAUUGUCAAAUAAAUGAAAAUAUAAGUAUUCCUUUAUCUACUUCUGUUAACAAUAUAAUUCAAUCUACUAGACCUGUAGACAAAUGUCGGGUUUGUGGGGAUUCACCUGCACGUAUGCAUUAUGGUGUUCCUACAUGUUUUGGAUGCAAAGGUUUUUUUCGCAGAACUUUAAAAAGAACAAAAGAUUAUGUUUGUCGAUAUCAAGGCACAUGUAUUGUUGAUAGACAUGAAAGAAAUUCCUGUCGUUUUUGUAGAUUUAAAAAAUGUCUUGAAGUUGGAAUGGAUCCGAAAGCAGUACGACCUGACAGGGACAUGUCAUUAAAAGGAGUCUUUGCAAAAUCAAGAAAAAGUUUAAAAAAUCAAAGUAAUAUGACUGAUCAUAGUAGUACUGAAGAUGAAUUCCAUAUUGAAAAUGGAAAAAUUGUAAAAAAAAGUGAUUGGAUACAAAAGUUACCGUCUGAUAUGAAACAUCUUAUUAAUUAUUUAGUUAAAAUAGAAUUAAUGACAAGUACUGGAGAUAGUAAUGAUUUUGGUGUAAAUUUGUAUCCAUUAUCAUAUUCAUCUAUUAGAAGCAUAUUAGAAGAUCCAUCAAUUUUAGUCGGUAAACGUACAGAGAUGAAAUAUCAAACAACAUCUCAAGUUCGUUCAGAAGAAAUUAGAGCUGUAGCUCAUCGAAAUCUCAUUGAUAUUAUAGAUUGGGUAGAACAAUUAAGUUCUGUAAUGGAUAUUCGCAAUAUAAAUGAUAAAUUGUUGAUGAUAAAGUCUUCCUAUGCGCCACUUGCUAUAUUUAGUUUUUCUGCUUUCACUUCUAAAACGACAACUGAUACAAAUCUUGUUUGUCUAUGUAAUUAUGGUUGUGUUCCACGAGACGUUGAUAUUUUGUAUGAUGAUCCAUAUCAUCUUACGAAUAAAAUAAUUCAAAGAUCACUUGACGAGUUGGUUGAACCUUUUAGAAUAUUUAAUUUUACUGAUGAAGAAAUAAUUUUAAUGAAAGCUAUAAUUGUAUUAAAUCCUCAUAUAAAAGGUUUAACAUCAGAGACAGCUGAAGUAAUAGCUGAUUUUAGAGAUCGUGUUCAUGAAACACUUUAUCAUAUAAUUCAAGAAACACAUCCUAGAACAGUUGCUUCAUCAAGAUUUGGUAAUAUGCUUCUUUUUAUUCCAACUGUUUUAAUGUUAGGAAAUGUAAUGUAUGAUAAUUUAAAAAUGAUUGAAAUACAUGGUGUCCAACCAAUUGAUCCAAUGAUGCAUGAAUUACUUGAAACAAUGGAAACUGUUACUAGUGAUAAUGUAAAUCUUAAUAUAGAUGAAAUAAGAUCAUGUUCUAAUGGUCCAACAGUUGAACAGUUUAAAACAUUAAAUACUUCAUGGUCUAAUAGUUCAAUUUUAUCAAUGAAUAGUCAAUAUUCAGAGUCUUCAUAUAAUACAUCAUAUCAGAAUAUACCAGUUUCAAGGUCAUCAUCAAGUAUAACAGAAACAACUGUACAAAGAAGUGAAAGUUGUGAUUUCUUUGAUUGUAAUUUUUCGAGUAUUCCAUCAUCAAGUUUAGAAUGUGAUCCUGAUUACAAUGUUACACUAACACAGAAUAUGGUAUCUCCCGAAAUGGCUCAAAUGAUACGGUCAACUUCUCAAAAUUCUAGUCAACAAUCUAAAGGAAAUGAUCCAAACUGUCAAAGUAAUAAUAAUAUAUCUAUAAAUAAUUCAAAUCCUAAUUAUUCUGAUUAUCAAAAACCAUUAUUUUAUAUUGAAAAUAACUCAUCACCAUACAAUAAUGAUAAUAAUCAUUUAACUAAUUUGACACCACCAAAUAUUCAAUCUAAUGUUGGAGGAGGAAAAAAUUCACGUUUUACAAAAUUUACAGUUACCAAAUCAAAUUUGAAUUUUGAUAAUAGUUAUCCAAAUAAAGCUACUAUGAUGAUGCCACAAAAUUAUGAUAAUUUUCAAGAUUCAUGUGGAAUGGCGUUUAAUUAUAAUUAUGGAGCAACAGGUAAUACAAUAAAUAGAAAUGAAAUGAUUAAUCCAAUGUAUUAUAAUAAUAUUAUGUACCAAAAUAAUGAACAAGAUUUUAAUUUAUCAAAUCAAUCAAUCAUUCAAAAAUCUCAAUCAUUUCAUAAUUAUUCAUAUGAUUCACAUAAUAUUAAUCCAGUUAUGGUUGCAAAUAUUAUGAAUGGCCAUACAGAUAAUGGAUUCGUGAAUGAAACUCAAAAUGUUUCAACAAUCAUGGAUUUCGAAUAA